CAGGGAUAACGUCCGCUUCACAGUAGACCAAAUCGGGUGAGAGUUAGCAGCCUCAUCAUCAGCUCCCUCAGAAAUGGGUAACUCCACAGGAAGCACCGUGGACGACCUGCAGGCUGUGGAAAUGCACCUGUGGUACAAGAAGUUCAUGACGGAGUGCCCCUCGGGUCAGCUCACGCUGCACGAGUUCAAGCAGUUUUUCGGGCUGAAAGGUCUGGACAUGGAGGCCAACGCCUACAUAGAACAGAUGUUCCGGACGUUUGACAUGAACAAGGAUGGAUACAUAGACUUCAUGGAGUAUGUGGCAGCUCUGAGCCUGGUGAUGCGGGGAAAGAUGGAGCACAAGCUGCGCUGGUAUUUCAAACUGUAUGAUGUGGAUGGAAAUGGCUGCAUCGACCGCCACGAACUCCUGAACAUCAUAAAGGCCAUUCGAGCAAUCAACGGGAAUGAAAAUCAGGAAAUGACUGCAGAGGAAUUCACAAACAACGUCUUUGACAGGAUUGAUGUGAACGGAGAUGGCGAGCUUUCCCUGGAGGAGUUUGUGGAGGGUGCUCGGAGUGACGAAGACUUCAUGGAAGUCAUGAUGAAAAGCUUGGACCUUCGCCACAUUGUGGCCAUGAUCCACAACCGGAGGCACAGCGUUUAAGGAUGUCUGCCACCUGAUCUUCAUUCAUAGUUUGACCCGAGUGCGUCAGCUUUUGCUGCCUCUGGUGAAAAAUAAAAAAAGGGUCUCCUUAAGGGAGAUCUCUCUUCA